AUGGAAGCCCCACCUACGCCGGUGGCGCAACCGCAACACUACAGGGUCAGUCAACAUCACAACCCCCGCCGGUACAGCGGAGGGGAGGGCAGCGAUCCGGUUGAAUUGACGAAAGAACCGUCGCAUUCUGACAACAAUAACAGCAACGAAGACAUGUGCGGGUCGGAGCUGAGGGCGCAACUGGAUUGUAACCUAACUUCACUGUGUGACCACAUCCAAUUGGAGGGAUUCAAUAAUGGUGCAUUCUCCGAUGUCAUCGUACACGCCAUGGGCUCAGUCUACCACCUCCAUCGCCUCAUCCUAUCCCGGAGCUCUUACUUCCGAAACAUGCUUCAGGGCCCUUGGAAAGAAGCCAACGCUCCUGUUCUGACCUUGCACGUGGAUGAUACUAAUGUGGAUGGGGAAGCAAUGUCAAUAGCCUUGGCAUAUCUCUAUGGACACCAUCCUAAGCUUAACGAGAAUAAUGCAUUUCGUGUUCUGGCUGUUGCAUCUUUUCUUGAUCUCCAGGAUUUAUGCGCAAUUUGUACGGAUUUCAUAAUAUCUGAAUUAUGGACUUCAAACUUCUUAGCGUAUCAGGUAUUUGCUGAGAACCAAGAUUAUGGUGUACAUGGAGAGCGAGUUAGAAAUGCUUGCUGGGGAUACCUCUGUCAAAGUGGUGCUAGGGAAUUGAAAGAGAACGGAAAUUGA